AUGUCAUUCGCCGACUUUUGCAAAAACAAAGUUGACUUAGACUUUGGUUUCUCAAACCUCAACACUGAAGUAAACUAUUAUUUCAAUGCUGCUGGAGAUGCUUGGGACCCAGUUAAGUUCACAUGCGAAAAAUUUGAAUGCAAGAGAAUAGAAAGCAGACUUGCAGUCUAUAUGUUGGACCCAGAUAUUUCAAAUGCUUUAGCUGCCAAAUAUAUUGCAGUUCCACUUAUGUUCCCUAUACACCAAAUAUCUGUCAAAGACUUUGCAGGUGAAGUUGGAAACCAAAGUGCUGACCCAGGUGCAAGAACAGAUAUUGCCUUAACAACUGCAAUGAAACAUGCAGAUACUCUGUUUGUACUGUUCAGACGAACUAUAAAUGACUAUUCUUGUUUCUACAACCCCGGUAUUAAAUACCAUAUAAACAUAGAUGGCAAAUACUAUCCAAGAGAAGAAUAUUCUACAGUUGAGGAUAUGAGGUCAUACAACUUGACAUUAGAUGCUAUGAACUUUAACAACAACUUCACAACAACCAUUAACCCUGAAAUGCAAAGUUCUAUUAUGCCAUAUGUGAAAGUAUGGACCCAUACAGGAGCUCAAAAAACUCAAUAUACAAAUGGAGACCGUUCAAACUUUUGGCUUGGCAUUCCAUUUGCUGACUCAGAAGACUUUAUGGGUGGUAUUUCAACUGUUGGUACAGUUCAAAUACAAUAUACUGGUGACAGAGACGGUCCAGAUGAACUGAAAGCAAAGAAGUUUACAAAACCAAUAGCACUUUUCACGGAAGAUGCUCUUUUGAAAAUUCGUUCGAUGAAACCUGCUGGGGCUCCUCAGAUUGGCAUAACGACAGCUUCCAUCGAGCAGAUUUUGGCAGCAGGUCA